AUGGGGAAAACGGGAUACGGGAUGCAGGAUGGGAACGACGGGAUACGGGAUGGGGACAAUGGGAUACGGGAUACGGGAUGGAACAACGGGAUGGGGACUACGGGAUACGGGAUGCGGGAUGGGGACAACAGGAUGGGGACAACGGGAUACGGGAUGGGGACAACAGGAUGUGGACAACAGGACAAGGACAACGGGAUGAGGCCCGAGCCCGAGGGCGAGACGCUGCCCUCCAUGCAGUUCUUCGUGGAGAACCCCAGCGAGGAGGACGCCGCCAUCGUGGACAAGGUCCUCUCCAUGCGCGUGGUCAAGAAGGAGCUCCCGUCGGGACAAUUCACGGAGUCGGAGGAGUUCUUCGUCAAGUACAAGAACUACUCCUACCUGCACUGCGAGUGGGCCACCAUUGCCCAGCUGGAGAAGGACAAGAGGAUCCACCAGAAGCUGAAGCGCUUCAAGACCAAGAUGACGCAGAUGCGGCAUUUCUUCCACGAGGAUGAGGAGCCCUUCAACCCGGACUACGUGGAGGUGGACCGCAUCCUGGACGAGUCGCACAGCGUGGACAAGGACAACGGCGAG